UGUCUGGCGGCGCCGCGAGAGCCCACCGGGGCUUGGCGGGCGGGAAGCCAUGGAGCCGCGGGCGCUCAUCACGGCGCUCAGCCUCGGCCUCAGCCUCUGCUCCCUGGGGCUGCUCGUCACGGCCAUCUUCACCGACCACUGGUACGAGACCGACCCCCGGCGCCACAAGGAGAGCUGCGAGCGCAGCCGCGCCGGCGCCGACCCCCCGGACCAGAAGAACCGCCUGAUGCCGCUGUCACACCUGCCGCUGCGGGACUUGCCCCCCCUGGGGCGCCGGCUGCUCCCGGGCGGCCCUGGGCGCGCGGACCCCGAGUCCUGGCGCUCGCUGCUGGGGCUCGGUGGGCUGGACGCUGAGUGCGGCCGGCCACUCUUCGCCACCUACUCGGGCCUCUGGAGGAAGUGCUACUUCCUGGGCAUCGACCGGGAUAUCGACACCCUCAUCCUGAAAGGUAUUGCGCAGCGGUGCACAGCUAUCAAGUACCACUUUUCCCAGCCAAUCCGCUUACGGAACAUUCCUUUCAAUUUAACCAAGACAAUACAGCAAGAUGAAUGGCACCUGCUCCAUUUGAGAAGAAUCACUGCCGGCUUCCUGGGCAUGGCCGUGGCCGUCCUGCUCUGUGGCUGCAUCGUGGCCACGGUCAGUUUCUUCUGGGAGGAAAGCCUGACCCAGCACGUGGCUGGCCUCCUUUUCCUCAUGACAGGGAUAUUUUGCACCAUUUCCCUCUGCACUUACGCUGCCAGCAUCUCCUAUGAUUUGAACCGCCUCCCGAAGCUAAUUUACAGCCUGCCUGGCGAUGUGGAACACGGCUACAGCUGGUCUAUCUUUUGCGCCUGGUGCAGUUUAGGCUUCAUUGUGGCAGCUGGAGGUCUCUGCAUCGCUUACCCAUUUAUCAGCCGGACCAAGAUCGCACAGCUCAAGUCUGGCAGGGACUCCACGGUAUGACUGUCCACGCUCGCGUUCACUGCCCAGAGGCCCGUCCACAGUGUGGACGCCUCCUGAGGGGGACAGAACGGACUUUGCGUCAGGAUCCCAAGCACAAAGCGGUCUUUUACAUUCCAACCUGUGGCCUGCCAGCCCUUUCUGGAUGACUGAUACAAAAUCAUGCAAAACCUCCACACCUUUCGAAGGACGAGACUACUGUGGCUUGAAGUGCUUUAAUGACUCUUUAUGCUUUGACUGUGAGAAACACGGAGCAGUGCCAUGGAACAUUUCUAGGUUUAGAAAAAGAGGAGAUGGCAAUGGGAAAAUUUGUAUGAUUGCCAUUUAUUUCAGAAAGAUUGUAUAUAACAGUGACCUGAGAGUCAUUUCUAUUUGCAAAAGGGUUCAUAACAAAGCAAGUAUAAUUUUCUUGUCACUGUCCCAUGCUUGUUAAAUUUUAAUACAGCAUCUUCAGAUCUUGUCCUGAUGGUGUCUCGUUGUGUCAGCCCCAAAUGUUCAUGUCUGUGGAUGUUCCUCGUCACAGGAAGAUUCCUCUUCUGUUGCCUUAUUUAUUUUUUAAUUGAAGUCUCUUUUCCGUCUCUGUACUAGAAUCAAAAUCAUAAGGAACAGAUCGACCAUGUACGAGCUAACCUGUGCCACUAUGCAGUAUUGUGGGAAGUCCUACCUGUCGUCCAGCCUCGGUCUCUUUAUGUUAACUGGGUUUCUGCAUUAAACAACCGCCGCCUUGUUAA